CUUACAGACAGCAUUAAGAUAAAUAAGAACAUGUUAUUGACAGGCAGCGGCAGUUAGUCUCAUUCGAGAUGGCGACUUUGUCUCUUGUGUUAGUUUUUAUAUCAUAUUUUUUCAUAAAUUGCUUUGCAAAACGAGAUAGUUUAAACGAUUUAUUGUUUAGUGGUGGAUAUGAUUUCAUUGAUUUGACACAUUCCUUUGAUAACCAGACUGUAUAUUGGCCUAACGCCCAAAGAUUUCAGUUUACUAAUCAAAUUGCAGACUUUGAUUCUACAGGCUCUUGGUACGCGGCUAAUGAUUUCAAGGCCGGAGAGCAUGGAGGCACUCAUAUCGAUGCUCCAUAUCACUUCACCAAAUCGGGUCAACGUGUGGGCGAGUUACCUCUUACUAAAUUGAUCGCAUCAUUAAUAAUAGUUGAUAUCAGUGCUGUUGUGAACGAUGACCCCAACUUCGUGCUAUACAAAACUCAUUUAGAUCAUUUGCUUUAUUAUGAAGACAAGCCGUCUUUGUUGAUUUUCAAGUUUGGAUGGAGCAAGUAUUUCAACGAUACUAAAAAGUAUUUGGGACAGACUGAGAAUGAUAAUACUUUAAAUUUUCCGAGUUUGAGUGACGAAGUAGCAGAAUGGAUUACUUCUGCCUAUAAAAACGUUGUAGGCAUUGGAGUCGAUGUGGCAUCAGUAGAUCCAGGAAGGAGCACCGAUUUUGCAGUGCACAAAAUACUUGCAAGAAGUGGUCUAUAUAGUGUAGAAAAUGUUAACUUACUUCGUCGAGUACCUGAGACUGGAUGCACCGCGUUUGCGUUACCUAUGAAAAUCGCAUUGGGCACAGGAGCUCCAUUACGUUUGGUCGCAAUAUGUCCCACACAAGAGCGCAUAUGAUAUAAUAUGCCAAGAU